UUAAGAAUUUCUCCAAGACUGCAAGAGAACUUGUGCACCGGAUGCAGAAGAUUGAUAGCGACUAUUAUCCCGAGACACUCCACCAAAUGUUUGUUGUGAACGCUGACAGUGGAUUUAAGUGGAUUUGGAACAGCGUGAAGGGCUUCCUUGACCCAAAAACUUCAUCCAAGAUUCAUGUGCUUGGUUCGAACUACCAGAGCAGGCUUCUUGAAGUAAUAGAUUCGAGUGAGCUGCCAGAAUUCCUUGGCGGUUCAUGCACAUGUAGUGACAAGGGUGGUUGUCUAGGAUCGAACAAAGGGCCGUGGAAUGAUCCUUAUAUAUUGAAGCUGAUCCACAAUUUGGAAGCUGGAUGCGCGAGGGAAAUCAAACUUGUUUCUGAGGGGGAAGAAAGAAACAGCUCCUCCUUUCGGUUGGAACAGAUGAAAGUAACAUUGUAAAACUAUAUAAACUUCAUUAGUUAUAUUGUAGGAAACUGAUUGCCCUUUUGGAUUCUUGUU